AUGCCUCCAGCACGGCGAAGAAUCUUCAUCAAUGUCGACAUGGGAGAGGGUUAUGGGAAUUUUGUGUGUGGUCCAGACCAGGAAUUGCUCCCUUUGAUUGACCACGCAAACGUCGCUUGCGGAUUUCACGCAGGAGACCCUCUGGUGAUGGCUGAAACUGUGUCAUUGUGCAAAUCCCACGGAGUCAAGAUUGGAGCACAUCCGGGCUUGCCAGACAUUCAAGGAUUUGGGAGACGAGAGAUGGCACUGUCACUGGAUGAACACACGGCCAACAUCGUGUAUCAGGUCGGGGCACUCCAGGCCUUUCUUCAACGAGAGAACCUGGAGCUUCACCAUGUGAAACCGCACGGUGUUCUUUAUGGCAUGAUGGUCCGAAAUCUUGACAUAGCACGUGCUGUCUGGGCCGGCGUCCCAAGGGGCAUGCGAGUCUUUGGCCUCGCGGGCACGCACAUGGAGACUGCCGCGCGGGAAUUCGGACUGGAUUUUUGGGCGGAAUACUACGCCGACGUUAAAUAUCGCGCCGACGGUACCUUGAUUGUUGACCGCAAAAAACAGCCAUGGGACUUGGACGACGUGAGAGCCCACGUCCGGCAACAACUGGAAAAUAGCACAGUUACCGCGGUCACUGGCGAGACGGUCGAAUUGCCGGUCAAGGAGUAUCCAGUGAGCAUAUGCUGUCAUUCGGACACUCCUGGCUGUGUCGAUGUCGUUACUGUGACGCGAGAGAUAGUUGCUGAAAUCAAUGCGAGAAAUGGAUAUUGA